CUAUGCCUUUCGGGCAGCUUCCGGUACUGGAAGUCGACGACGGAGAACCGAUGCCACAGUCUCGUGCUAUCGAAAACUAUCUCGCUCGUGAAUUCGGUUUAUAUGGCUCAGACAGCUGGGAAACUGCUACUAUUGAUGUUGUUAAUGAAACCGCUCGGGAAUUUAAACCCAUGUUUGCUUCACUCUUUCACGCUAAAACGCCGGAAGCAAAGAAAGAGCUAGUAACUGAUUUAUCGGAGAACUUAGCCCCCAAACUCUUCGGCCAUUUGGAGAAGUAUUUAAAGAAGAACAAUGGAGGGGAAGGCUGGUUCGUAGGAAAUUCGAUGUCUUAUGCAGACCUAGUCACGUUUGCCGUGAUGGAGAAUGUAGUUGGUACUAUUACCGAAGAUGUCGCGCUGAAGAAUUUUCCAAAGUUAAGAGGGCACUUCAAGCGAGUGGCUUCGCAAGAACGAAUUGCAACGUGGCUUGAAAAAAGACCUGUCACUCAAUUCUAAUAUGCUCUAUUACCAGGGAUACUUUGCCGACUUUUUAAUGCUUUACACGUAACAAGCUUAAUGAUUGACUUGUUUGGCUGCAGACUGACCUAUUCAUGGUUAAUGUUUUAUUUAAUUUAGUACUGUAUAAGUUCUUUAUGUAUCGAAUGAUAUGGAUAAUAUAAUUAUUUCAUUAUCAUUAUAAUCAUAAUUAUUUAUUACUAUUAAAUAAUAGUUAAUGUUAAAUUCUGUUAAUCUGAGCUGACGAACUAUUAUCAUAUUAUUUUUGUUUUUUAAAUUCAUAAUUUUAUUAUCGUUAUUAUUAUUGUAAUACUAAUUAUAUUUAUUUAGAAUUAGUGAUGUUAGUAUUAGAAUUAUUAUUAGCUUUACUACAAAAUGAAGAUAUUUUAUGAAACCAUUUUUCAUGUUGGAUAUAGUUAUCUAUGUAUUUAUUUGGGUUGGGUUUUGUUCACUACUAUAACUAUUUUAUCCAUACUAGCUGAUACAAUUUCAUACAGUAGGUUCAAACUUAUUGUUAUUGUUUGCGGCAUUAAAAAUCGCCACUUUCUGGUCCAAUGA